AUGACGAGCUAUCUGGUUCGAAAUCUAACGCCAAAAACACAAGGCUGGCUGCACGCGAGCAGGAAAGCUAUAAGUCAGCCUUGCAUCUACCCGCUGGUACAAGGCCAGUGGCGAGCAACGCAUACCAUCAUCUACAUGAAAGCCCCCGGCGAUCAAAGCCAGCUGUCUCUCGACUUUGAAAGGCAGAUUCUGAACCCUGAACGAGCCGAGACAUGCAAGUCAGGUACGGACGACGAAGUCGCUCAUCACAAAUCCUCAUACGAUCCUUCGACGACCACUCCCGAAAGUGAAUAUCUUGCCGAUGAAGAAGAAUGCACCACAGGCAUGGAGGCUCACCAUCCCCUUUUUAUCAGCCCAGCCAGGAAGGAAGUGAGCGAAUUACUCAGUCCGAUGGUUGGGGGUGCGGUUCAUGGAGCAGACAGACUGGGACCAAGUGCUCGGGGAUGGACAAGAAAGCACAAAGAGGUGCACAUCAAAUAUAUACCCGGGGGCCCAUAUGAUCGCUACGAGAAGUUGUUGGACGAUUUGAAGAAAGCUCGACAGGGCCGAACGAGUGACGCCAGUGCCCAUGCCGCUCCUACAAAGUGA